AUGACGGGCGCGGGGGGGGCCGUCUGCGGGCCACAAGGGGGCGGCGUGCGGCCGCGGGCGGGCAGCUGUGUGGUCACGAUGUUCGCCCAGGCCGUUUCCUCUUCGCCGAUCUGCACCGUGCGCGCCACCAGCGCGGCGUCGCGCCCGGUGGCGCGCGUGGGGGUGCGCCCGCUGCGGCGCUCGGUUGUGAGCCGCGUGGCGUCCGUGGAGGCUCCCGCCACGAACAGCCCCCACUGCGACGAGGCCAGGACCGGCAACUUUGCCGCCCCGCCGUUCACCCUCAAGGACAUCCGCGAUGCCAUCCCUGACCACUGCUUCGAGCGCGACAGCUGGCGGUCGAUGGACUACCUGAUCAAGGACGUGGUGGUGGUGGCGGCGCUGGCGUACUUCGCGGCGACGGCCAACUCGUGGCUGGUGUGGCCGCUCUACUGGCUGGCGCAGGGCACCAUGUUCUGGGCGCUCUUCGUGGUCGGGCACGACUGCGGGCACGGCUCGUUCUCCGGCAACUCGGCGCUGAACCAGUGGAUCGGCCGCAUCACGCACACGUCGAUCCUGGUGCCGUACAACGGGUGGCGCAUCUCGCACCGCACGCACCACGCCAACCACGGGCACAUCGAGAACGACGAGUCGUGGGUGCCGAUGACCAAGUCGAUCUACGACAAGCUGCCGUGGACGACCAUCAUCGGCCGCUUCACGCCCAUCAACCUCUUCGCCUUCCCGAUUUACCUGGCCCAGGGCGCGCCGGGCAAGGAGGGGUCGCACUACGACCCGAACAACCGCCGGCUGUUCAACGCGGAGGAGGGCAAGAUGGUGAGCUUCGACAACAAGCUCCAGCUCGCCUUCCUCGGCCUCCAGGGCGUCCUCGCCGCCACCCUCGGCAUCGGCACUAUGUUCAAGCUCUACUGGAUGCCCUGGCUGGUCUACGUCGCGUGGCUGGACUUCGUGACCUUCAUGCACCACCACGGCGCGGCGGACGAGGAGGACGUCGUCCCGUGGUACCGCGGCGAGGAGUGGUCGUACCUCCGCGGCGGCCUCUCGACGCGCGACCACGACUACGGCAUGUUCAACAGCAUCCACCACGACAUCGGCACGCACGUCGCGCACCACCUCUUCCCCACCAUCCCGCACUACAACCUGCGCGAGGCCACCAACGCCAUCAAGCCCGUCCUGGGGGACUACUACAAGGAGCCCAAGAAGGCCCCCGGACCCUUCCCCUUCCACCUGAUCAAGGAGUACUUCCGCUCGCUCAAGCAGGACCACUACGUCGUCGAUGACGCCGAGGUCCUGCGCCAGCAGACGGACCCCAACAUCAUGAAGCGGGCCAACCCCACGGCCUGA